AUGGCAGCGGUGUCCCAGCUGAGCUCCAUUGUGGAGAGUGGCAAGCAUGCAUGCUAUGGCAUCGAAUGGCAGCUUGCCGAUGGCAUUCUAGUGGCCAAAGAGGUCUACAACCCUUCUUGGCGCAUCGAGUAUGCAGCCCGGGCUGGUCUCAAGCGCCUCUUCACCACCGACUCUAAGAGCUAUACUUUCCAGUCUGGUGAGGGCCUCGUCGGUCAAGUCUUCCAGCAACAGAAGGCUACCUUCGUGCCGGACCUCCA